AUGUCAUACGCAUUUGAUUUACACGAAAGUAUUUACGGUUCUGAGCCUUAUAAUACAACCAAUUGUAAAAUCCCAUCGAAUCGAACAACAACACAACUUAAACAAAAUGGUUAUGUCAAACAAUUUCUACAACAAAAUGGUGAACAACGAUUUGAUGCACAUUUUAAAGUAUUGCUACUUGGUAAUUCCGGUGUAGGGAAAACAUCAAUACUUAGAGCUCUUGUUGGUGAAACAUUUUAUCAGACUACUAUUUCAACAAUCGGUAUUGAUUUGAUUAAACGAAUAUUCACAGUCGGAAAUCAUCGUGUACAAUUAGAAGUAUGGGAUACAGCAGGUCAAGAACAAUAUCACUCUAUUGUAUCGUUACAUUUUCGAGAGGCUAAAUGUUUUAUCAUCGUUUAUGAUGUAACAGAUAUAGAAUCGUUUGAACAAAUACGUAAAUAUUGGCUUAGAUCCGUAGAUGAGCAUAUGGAUGAUGCAGUGCCGGUGAUUUUCGUGGCUAAUAAAAUUGAUAUGAUAAAAGACAAAAGAGUGUCAACAGAACAAGGUCAACAAUUGACAUCUCAACAAGCAGCUCAUGGUUUCUUUGAGACAAGUGCAAAAACCGGUAAAAAUAUACAAAAUUUAUUUCAAGCAGUUGCUGAGUGCAUGGUGUCUACAUGGGGUGCUCCUAAACGUUGGUAUGAAAUAAAUACUGAGGGUAAUAAUAAUUUAGAUCCAUGGUCAAAUUCAUAUAAUCAUCGUCACAAGGAUACAGUUCAACUGGAUCAGAAAAGAGCUCCUAAUAAAGUACAAUGUUGUUUGACACAUUGA